AUGUCUGGUCUGUUGCAGAGAGCGAAAAUGAAUGGACAAGAAGAUGAUUUUGAUGUGGAUCAAUACCUUAAUCCAAACUACAUUGGAGGAGCUGAAGAUCAUGAGGGUGAUGAUAACAUUGGUGCUAUGACGGGUGGUGAUGAUCAAGCUGGUGGAGCGACAAGGAAAAACACGAGGCACACUCGUCAACAGAUUCAAGAACUCGAAAAUUUCUUCAACGAGAAUCCUCUCCCUACUGAGGAACAAAAGGAGGAACUUGGACGAAUGCUUAAUCUAGAGACUAAGCAAAUCAGGAUUUGGUUUCAGACCAGAAGAGUUCAGGCAAAGAAACGCCAUGAGAAUGAAGUACUCAGACAAGAGCAUGACAUGUUGCAAGGAGAACACAACCACCUCAAGCGAAAAUUGAUUGAUUGUUCAUGCAACCUUUGUGAUGGGCCAGCUGAUUUCGGUACGGUUAACUAUGUGGUGCAACAACUUAUGCAUGCAAAUGCUAGAAUCAAGCAGGAUAGAAACAAGGCUAAACGCAUCGCUGUGAGGGAGAGAACACCGUUUUGGUCCGGUCAACCCUUGGCACUGCCUUCCUCUCCUCUUCCUUUAUUGAACAAGAAUUCAACAUUUCUGGUAGGUGAGUCCUCUUCUUCCUUGGUGUUCUCCAAUGAAGGAAGAAAUGCACUACCAGAAUGUGAAUCGGUUGGUGAAAGUUCGUUUAUGAACGAGAGAUCACCGUUUUUGGUGGGUUCUUCAAACGUGGUGCAACCUCCUUCUUCAUUGAUGAUCUCCACUCAAGCAAGAAAUGCACUACCAGAACUUACUUGGAGUGGUGAAACUUCCAUAAUGAAUGGGAGCUCAACAUUUUUGGCCAGCCCACCUGUGGAGCAUCCUUCUUUGAUGAUCCAUGAUCAAGAGAGAAAUGCAGUGCAAGAACUUGAUUCGGGUGGUGACACUUUGAUGAUGGACGAGAGAUCAAAGUUUUUUGACCGUCCACCCGUGGACCAACCGUCGACGUCUUCUUUGAUGAUCUCCGAUCCAGGAAGAAAUAUUGUGCAAGAACUUGAUUCGGGACGUGAGACGAUGAUGAACGAGAGAUCAACGUUUUUUGACCGUCCACCUGUGGAAGAGCCUUCUUCCUCCUUGUGGAUCUCCAGUCCAGGAACAAAUGCAGCACCAGAACUUGAGUCGGAAUGUGACACUUCGAUUAUGAACAACAAGAGAUCAAUCUUUUCGAUUGGUUCACCCGUGGAAGAGCCUUCUUCUUCUUUGUGGAUCUCCAGUCCAGGAAGAAAUGCACCACCAGAACUUGAUUCAGGGCCUGAAAAUUCGAUGGUGAAUGAGAGCUUAAUCUUUUCGAUGGAUGCAAUCGUGGAACAGCCUUCUCCAUUGAUGAUCUCCAGUCCAGAAAGAGAUGCACCACCAGAACUUGAUUCUGCUCGUGAGACUUCGAUGGUGAACGAGAGGUUAAUCUUUUCGACUGGUGCACUCGUGGAACAUACCUCCUCUCCAUUGAUAAUUUCCAGUCCAGAAAGAGAUGCACCACCAGAACUUGAUUCAGGUGGUGAACCUGCGAUGAUGAACGAGAGAUCAAUCUUUUCGAUUGGUGCACUCGUGGAACAUCCUUAUUCACCAUUGCUGAUCUCCAGUCCAGAAAGAGAUGCACCACCAGAACUUGAUUCUGGUCCUGAAACUUGGAUGAUGAACGAGAGUUUAAUAUUUUCGAUUGGUUCACCAGUGGAAAAUCACUCUUUUCCCUUGGUGAUCUCCAGUCCAGAAAGCGAUGCAUCACCAGAACUUAAUUUGGGUGGUGAACCUGCGAGGACGAACGAGAGAUCAAUCUUUUCGAUUGGUUCACCCGUGGAAGAGCCAUCUUCUGCCUUGGUGAUCUACAGCCCAGGAAGAAAUGCACCACAAGAACUUUCUGAAACUUGGACGAUCAACAAGGAAACUUUGGUGGAGUGUGCCACUAUGGCUAUGACUGAGUUGCUCAUGCUUGGACAAACGAACAGUGCAUAUUGGACGAUAGACUUAAGCUCUAACAGAGAAAAUUUGAACUACGAGCAGUAUCAAAGUAAGUUCAAAAAUGGUUCAGUAACACCUCUCGGGUAUGUCAUGGAGGCUUCUAGGGAAACGGGUUUGGUUCUCAUGGAUAGCUUGGCUCUGGUCAAGAUUCUUACGACGGACAAAUGGGUCAACGUGUUUGCGCCUAUUGUGUCUGUGGCAUCAACUCAUAGGGUGAUACCUAGCGGUUCUGGUGGACCCAGAAAUGGCUCACUUAAGCUGGUUGAAGCAGAAUUUCAGGUCAUUUCUCCUUUGGUGCCAAAGAGACAAGUAAAGUUUCUUAGAUACUGCAAGAUGCUCAGAGAUGACUUAUGGGUGAUCGUCGACGUUACUCCUCGUAUGCAAGACCUGAGGUUUCUGCCUGAUGGUGGUUCUAAACGCCUACCCUCUGGUGUUAUCAUAGAGGACUUGAAGAAUGGUUCCUCCAAGGUCACAUGGAUUGAGCAAGCGGAAUAUGAUGAGAGCGAAAUCCCCCUAAUUUACCAGCCUUUGGUUGGCUCUGGAAUCGGGCUAGGCGCAAAGAGGUGGCUCACAACGCUGCAGAGAUACUGUGAAAACCUCAAGACUCUUUCGUCUGUCAACGUGGCUCAAGUUUACCAAGGAUUGUCAGCGGACGCUGCAACUGAAAUAGUGAAGCUAGCACAACGCAUGACUGUGAACUAUUACUCAGGCAUCACCGACUCUUCGCCGCGCAAGUGGAGGAUAAUAAAUGUAGAGAAUGAUGAGGAGGGUCAAGAGAAGAACGUGAGAUUGAUGAGCCGUAAGAACGUGUGUGUGCGCGGUGAGCAUACCGGGCUUGUGUUGAAUGUAGCCACUUCUGUUUGGUUUCCAGUGAACCAGCAAACAAUGUUUGAUUUCCUCACCAACCCAAAUCUCAGAGACAAGUGGGAUCUCUUGGCCACUGAAACUUACUUUGAAGAAAAGAUCAAGAUUCAAAAAUCAAGAUCCCGUGAACACUACGUCUCUCUACUUCAAUUCGCUGAAGGUGUUGAGGAUGGUCCGGCAGUUCUGCAAGAGACAUGGAAUGAUGCAUCAGGUGCGUUGCUGGUGUUUGCACCAUUGGAAGAGCAAUCAGUGAAGGGUCUCAUGAGAGGUGGAGAUUCAUAUUCUAUGCCAAUUCUUCCUUCGGGAUUCUCGAUAUUGCCAGACGGAGGAGAUACGGAGGAUGCAGACGAACUUGGUGAAGGAUGCCUACUCACAAUUGGAUAUCAGUUCUUGUUUACCAAGAACUUAACUACUGAAGAAGUCGAUCAAGAAUUUCUCAAUGCUGCUAAGGAACUCAUCGCUUUCACCAUUGACAAUAUCAAAUCCGCUUUUAACAUACCAGCUUAA